UCCUUUUCCUGCAACUUUUGCUAUUCUCGUGCUUUUCUCUUGCAGCUAACACAAAUAGCACGAACCAGAAUUUUUCCCUAGGAGAUAGGCUUGAUGCAGAGAAAUCCAUAACUAUUGGCGUAACCAUGGUCUCUUCAGGUGGAAUCUUUGAGAUGGGCUUCUUUACGUUAGGUAAUCGUUCCAACUAUUAUAUUGGUAUAUGGUAUAAACAAAUAACUCCGCAAACCACAGUUUGGGUAGCAAAUAGGGAGACUCCUGUUUCUUUUACCGAAAUGGACACCGCACAGCUCAAAAUUAUACAAGGAAACUUGGUGCUUCUCAACGGGUCUGGACUCUCAGUUUGGUCGACAAAUAUUAUAAAUUACUCAAGCACGUCGACGAAAUCUGAAGUGGCGAUUCUUCGUGAUGAUGGGAAUUUAGUUUUGAACAACGGGUCCAAUUCAUUGUGGCAAAGUUUUGAUCAUCCGAGCGACACUUUUUUGUUUGGUUCUAAACUUGGAUACAAUAAAAGAACUAAAACAAAGCAAGGUCUCACUUCUUGGAAGAACUCUGAAGAUCCUAGUCCAGGGCUAUUUUCCUUUGAGAUGGAGCCUAUUGGUGAGCUCAUUCUUAGGUGGAAUAAAACUGUACAGUACUGGUCAACUGGACCUUGGAAUGGACACACCUGGGCCAACGCGCCACUAAAAUCAAAUCCUACGUACAACUUCUCAUACAUAAACAACACGGAUGAGGUCUAUUUUACAUAUUUUAUCUUUAAUCCUUCAGUCUUAACAAGAUUCAUAAUAGAUGUCACGGGGGAAAUUAAGACUCUUACAUGGUUGAAUAGUACCAAGCAGUGGAAUAUGUUUUUGACUUUACCAGAAAAACCAUGUGAUGUAUACGGUUAUUGUGGUGCAUAUGGUGCAUGUAGUGACAGCUCAAGUAGUACACCCUUGUGUGGUUGUUUGCCUGGUUUCACUCCUAAGUCAAUCAAAGAUUGGAAUUUAAACAAAUUCUCUGGUGGUUGUGUAAGGAAAACAAGUCUAAAGUCAUGUGGUAAUUCUAGUGCUUCUACGUAUACUUUGGAGGAGGACAAGUUCUGGAUGCACCCUCAUAUGAGAUUACCUGUUGAUAAUCACACUCAGAGUUUUGAGAGUGCAUUAGAAUGUGAAUCCAUUUGUUUAAAGAAUUGCUCUUGUACUGCUUAUGCUUAUGAUGACAACAAAUGCUUAACUUGGGAAGGAGACCUCUUCAACUUGCAACAACUCUCUCAAGAUGAUAUUAGUGGAAUGACUAUUUAUGUCAAACUAGCUGCUUCUGAGUUUUCAGUUCCCAAAGUAGUUGAAGACCAAACACACAAGUCAAGAAGGCUAAAAGUUGCUCUUCCUACUACAAUUGCCACUAGUCUUUUACUGUGCAGCUUCAUCUACCUAUUUUGUAGAACAAGGAGAGCGAGAACAAAAGAAAAUCUGCGACCAAGCUGGUUGAAUACUGAAGAGGGAGAAAACAACAUAAUAAAUGAAGAGGAUGAGAAAGGCAUUGAAGUUCCAUUCUUUAGUUUGGAAAGCAUUUUAGCAGCGACGAAUAACUUCUCAGAUGAAAAUAAGUUAGGACGCGGUGGUUUUGGUCCUGUUUAUAAGGGAAAACUUGAAGGAGGAAGAGAAAUCGCAGUUAAAAGGUUGUCAACUGAGUCGAGUCAAGGAAUAAAUGAAUUCAAGAAUGAAGUAGUAUUGAUUGCAAGACUUCAACAUCGAAAUCUUGUUAAACUUAUGGGUUACUGCAUUCAAGGAAAUGAAAAGAUCUUACUCUAUGAAUAUAUGCCAAACAAAAGUUUAGACACCUUCAUUUUUGAUGAAAGACAUCAUGUGUUAUUAGAUUGGAAGAAGCGACUUGAUAUCAUCUUUGGAAUUGCUCGAGGGCUUCUUUAUUUGCACCAUGAUUCAAGGUUGAGGAUCAUUCAUAGAGAUUUAAAAACAAGCAACAUAUUAUUGGAUAAAGAGUUGAAUCCUAAGAUUUCAGACUUUGGUUUAGCAAGGAUCGUCCAAGGGAAUGUUACAGAAGCAAAUACAAACAAAGUUGUGGGAACGUAUGGUUACAUGUCUCCGGAGUAUGCAUUAAAUGGAUUAUUCUCAAUCAAGUCAGAUGUUUUUAGUUUUGGAGUAGUUAUGCUUGAAAUAAUAUGUGGCAAGAGAAAUACAGGAUUUUAUCACAGGGAGGAAGCCUUAAACCUAUUAGGUUAUGCAUGGAGAUUAUGGAACGAAGAAAAUGCUAUGAGUUUAGUUGAUGCAUCAUUACUUGAAUCAUGCAAUGAGGAAGAUGCAUUAAAAUGCAUUAAUAUUGCGCUCUUGUGUGUCCAAGAAGAUGCUGGCAUUCGUCCAAGCAUGCCAGAUGUAACUAUAAUGCUUAGUAGUAAAAACACAUCUCUUCCAAAACCUAAUAAACCUGCUUUUACAGCAAGAACACGUGCUUGUAGCACAUCAACUUCGCCGUCUAGUAAACUAUACAUCAACUCCAACAAUGAGUUGACAGUUACCUUAGAGGAUGGCCGAUAGCCCGACAUUCAAAAUUGAUUGGGUUUAUCCUAAAUAUGAAUUGGCAGAAACUAGAAAGUAUACUCCAUAUUGUAACGGAUAAAUUUAUCGCAACUUUCCCUAAACUAAUCUAAUAGGUUUCUUUGUUUGUCU